CCCACUCCGCCAUGCAGGCGGCCUUUUUCUUCUGAUUGCUGGUCACCUCUCCGUUCUAGGGUUUGCAAAGCAAGGCAGAAAAUGGAGAGCGAUGCAGGGCAGUGGUCCCAUCUCCCGAAGGAUCUGCUAGCGAAGAUCGCCGAACGCCUCGACACCCGCAUCGAUUUUCUCCAUUUCCGCGGCGUCUGCUCUCCAUGGAUGUCGUCCGUUUCCCCUACCUUUCCUAGCAAAAACCCUCUUUUGUCUCUGAAACUCCCGUACCCCAUUGCCUCCAAUGCCAACCUCAACAUCAGUGACCCCGACACCUGCAACCCUCGCGGCUCCUUUUCCCUCAUCGAGUCCACUCUCUUUUAUCUUCAACCACUCCGCCAAACCCCAGAUUCCAAAGAGGCCCUGUUGGUUAAGUUGGAGGAGCCUAAACCAGGGAAAGUCCGUCUUCUGGACACCCUCUCCAGAUGCGCCAUCCAGCAUCUGCCCAAAAAUUUCCCCAAGGUUCUCAAUACCCUCAACUUUCGAGUCCGUGAAGUUGGUAAAGCUUAUGGUCUUCGUUUCUUUGAUGUUCGGGGUAAGCCUAUUACUAGCUUUGAGUUCAAAUCUAUUUUGAUCAAGAAAGUAAUUAUGUUCUCGAAGGGUGAUGAGUAUGGUUUGAUGAUGAUUCAUAUUAGAGGGAGGCUGGCUCUAUGGAGAUUGGGGGAGGAGAAAUGGAGUUUGAUAGAUGAUGGGGCAGAGAAAUCUCAUUUUGACGAUGUUAUAUACUAUAAGGGGAGAUUCUAUGCUAUUGAUUAUAAAGGAAGAAUCGUGGUGAUUGAUGCUGACUCUCUGAAAGCCACAGAGCUUGCGUCUCCGGUGCAUGGUAGCAGGGGUACUCACAAGCAUUUUGUGGAGUCAUUUGGGGAACUGUUUUUGGUUGAUAAGUACCUAGAUGAUGAACUUCAAAUCUUUUGUAAUGAUUAUAGCGACAUAGUUGCUGAUGUCCCGGAUUAUCCUGUUCAUUUCGAGGUCUUUAAGUUCAUUGAGGAGGAGCAGAAGUGGGAUUGGGUAAGCGACAUUGGCGACAGAGUGUUGUUUGUGGGCGAUGACCGCACCUUUUCUCUCUCGUCUACCGACUUCCCUGGAUUCAAGGGGAACUGCGUUUAUUUCACCGAAGACUGUUUCUGUGAAGAAGAUGAUGAUCGUCCCGGGUUUGAUGCUGGCAUAUUCGAUUUAGAGGAGCGCAUUGCUGGGCCACUAUCAGCUUUCCCAGGGUAUUCUAAGAUCUUUUGGCCACCCCCAGCUUGGCUCAGGCCACGCCCGCCUGCACAAAGAAGCUAAAUGCAAGUGAGGUUUUGAAAGAUUUUCUGUUUAUAUGAAAUGGUAAGCUGUCAAAAGGGUAUUUUGCAGUUGUAGAUAUGGAAUGCAGUGGGUAGCAUUAAGCUUUAGUUCUUUUUUGGGCUUUGGUUUCAGCUAAGUAGAUGGUGCUUCUGAAUUUCUGGAGUUUUUGGAUACUAUAAUGAUUUCUUUAGUUCAACUUUUAAGGAUCUAUUUCUUGGGUGACUGGAUUGUGCUUCUGAAUCUUUUAAGGCCUGGGAUGUUAUGCUUGGUUUCUUAGUAUUAGACUGAAAUUUCCUA